AUGCUUCUACUGCAAGAAGAGCCGAGGGAACAAUUGUGGCAAGGAAUUCCUCGUGAUAAUGGACAUAACAAAGCUUUGUGCACAGUACUUGACGAACGAGACACCGUGAGAAGUUGGACUAGCAAACUGAGGGGAACGCUGGGCCACGCAUGUCGGGAACUGGGGAAGAUCGAAGGAAGACUUAAGUUUGGAAGUGUACCUGGCGUCACAACAUUGGAUCGUACAAAGUACUGGACAGACAAUUCUAUGGUAGACUUUUUCAACUGGGCUUCUGAUGAGCAGAACAACAACGGAUUUCAACUUGGCACAUAUGUGAGUUGA